UUUAUUAAUUGUAUACAACUAAUAAUGUCGAUGCUAUGAAUUGUUGAUCCACUAAUUCCUUUUCUAUAUAAACUCGAUCAUCCAACAUAGAAUCAAUAUCAACUGCUCUGGUCUUCCAAAAUUCUAUAUACUUUUUCAGCAACAAACUGUUAAUGGCUCAUCAUGGCGUUUCUGGUUUAGUUGGGAAACUUGUAACUCAAUUGGAGGUCAAUUGUGAUGCUGAUAAAUUGUAUAAAAUCUAUAAGCACCAUGAAGAUGUUCCAAAGGCAAUUUCUCAUCUUUUCACCGGUGUAAAAGUUCUCGAAGGACAUGGACUUCGUUCUGGCUGUAUCAAGGAAUGGAAAUAUAUUAUUGAUGGUAAGGCGUUGACUGCUGUGGAGGAAACAACCCAUGGCGAUGAAACAAGGACUUUAAAACAUCGCGUCAUUGAUGGAGACUUGAUGAAGGAUUACAAGAAGUUCGAGAAGAUCAUUGAAGCUAAUCCAAAGCCAAAUGGACAUGGAAGCAUUGUGACUGUCUCUCUUUUGUAUGAGAAGAUAAAUGAGGACUCUCCAGCUCCGUUUGAUCAUCUCAAAUUCUUCCAUCAAAACAUAGAAGAUAUGAAUUCUCACAUCUGCGCUUCUGAGUAAAAUAUCUCAUCUUCAUUGUUGGGUGUACGUAUGCGUUCAGUAAGUCAGUGCUUGAGAAAUUAGUUGUGUGCGUUAUUCUAGUCAGUGUUUUGUGUAAGUAGUUGGAAUGUUGGAUGCGUUAUUCCUACAGUGUGCUAUAUGCUUAGGGCUAUGGGUUUAUAUAAAUGUUUGAAUAAGUAAGACUAUGCGGACUUGCACGUUACAGUGUAUCAUAUUUAUCA